AUGCAUAGUCAUGAUUCGAUUCAACGAAACGAUGGGAUUCUCCGUAGUGAUACAGAAGUUAAAGAAGAAGAGAGUCCCCCUGAUCGCAUUGUCGCUUCUUACGCUGCUGCAGCACAUGCAGCUGCACUGGCUUGUCAUCAACCGAUUUCCAGAGCUGCUGAAGCCUACUUGGCUACAAAUACUUACAGUCGACCACGUCAUUCCAAAAGAUCUCGGGCAUUAAACCAUUUAGCUACUGCUGCAACACCUUCGAAAACAGUUUCUACUGUUGUGGAUACUAUAUCAAAUUCCAGUUAUGUUAUAUCAUCAUCUAGUUUAUUGUCAGUCCCUUCAUCUAGAUCAUCGCUUAUUUCGCUAGAAGAUAAUUAUGAAGAAUCUUAUGAGGGGUGGACUCGUGUAGUGGAUAAGAAAGCACAGAAUGUAGUGUAUAUAUCGUCUGAUGGUACCCGUCUAAAUAAUGUUGAUGAAGUAUACGCAUAUUUAUCAACAAAGAAUACAGAAUGUGAAAUGAAUUCUGGUGUCCAAAACUUAAUUGCUUCUCAUUUCAUUUUUGAACCAACAGUCGAUAGUCCUUCACUGAAGAAUACAUUAAACUUUGUUCAUCGAUUACAAACAUCUGUUUUAAAAGGUGAAGCAGUAAGAGAAAAUGUUUCUCAAUGUCUCACAACUGUGUCAAGUAUUAUAAAUAAUUUUAGUUUUUCACAAGUUGUUAAUUCAUCAGAGAAAGUUUCCACGUGUCGUAUCAAAGUGAACCCCGAUCGUUCAUCAACUUCUGAUCUGCUUUCAGUAAAACGACCAAAAUUAUCUGAUAAUUUACUUAGUUCAGAUGGUAAACCAAAAGAACCAUCCACACUGAAGGGUCCGUUUGCUGACUGUUUAAUCAAUACAACCGGCAGUGCGUGUUCUACAAAGUCAUUUACAUCAUCGAACAACCCCAUAUUAAAUGUUUUGAGCACUGAUGCACUGCACGUUUCAUCAACUGAUCGUGCUCGUGAAGGACUAAGUAAUUUUGAAAAUAAUCAGUUAACUUACAAACAAUACUUGAAUAAAAGUGAAGAUAGAAAUUUUCCAUCUUUAUUCGGUAACGUAGUUGUUGAUGAUUUAUCUUCUGGUCGAAUAAAACAAGGUCAGUCGCAGAAUAUUAGCGAUACAGUCGCCAAACUUACCACUGAAACUCAUACAACUGGUGCCUUACGUACGUCGUUAGCAUUAUUGACUUCUGAGGUUGUUCCAUCCGAUGUAUCUUCAUCUAAGCGGGUUGGUGUAAAUACUUCAAAUUUCAGCUUAUCGAAUGUUCCUAGUUCAUGUUUUGACCCAUCUCAGGCAAAUUUAGCCGCGUUGAAUAUUUUGCAACAGAAUCUUGUAAAUUCACCGUUCAUUGAACAAUUACUUGCAAUUAAUCAAAUAAGUCAUAUUCAACAGCGACACCAACAUCAUUUGAGUUCAGGCAUUGCUGUCUCACUACCGACACAAAACACUAUAGAAAACUAUCCAGUUGGUGUUUUAGUUAGCCAAUCUUUAUCAAAUCCAAUUGUAUCAUCUUUAACAGCUUCAUGGCUUUCAAACCUUGGUUCAUCCUCUCAGCAGUCUAUAAAUAGUAGCACCCUGCCAGAGUUGACACUCAAUUCAGCUAUUAACAAUUUGCAUGCCACUGCUAUUCUUCAACAACACCAACAGCGGCAUCAAUUUUUAACUAUCGCGGCUUUACAAAAAUACCAGCAAGACCAAGCUUUAUCCCUGAUUCGAAAUGCUGCCUUGCUUCAACAUCAACAAAGAAGCAACAAUUCUAAUAAUUCCGUAAACGUAGCUGCUUUUAUCUUACGCCAACAACAAGAGCAACAGUUGGCAUUAUCUUCUUUACAAGCUCAAAGUUAUCUAGCUGCUUUACAACGGCAGUUCACUAAUUCAUAUACUUAA